AUGGCAAGCCAAACAGGACAAAAGUAUGGUGAGGAUAAUGAAUCACUGUGCGAGAUACCAAGCGAUAUAUGUGAAGUUACAAAACUUACCUCUCCAACUCCCACCAGCAUUUACAUGGAAUGGAAACCACUGCCUCCCGAGACACACAACGGUGUUCUGUUGGGUUAUUACGUCAUGUACUUAAAUGUGAAGGAAGUUGUCGCAAAUUACCAAAGGGAAUUGGUUUCUCUAGAUACCAGAAGCUAUACUAUUAUAAAUCUCAAGCCAUAUUCAUCCUACUACUGUGGAGUGAUAGGCUUUACUUCCAUGGGAUUCAUGAUUACGCCAACCAUGGUUAAAAAAGCGUCAUCAUGGCAAACGCAGGAAGACAAACCAAGUAGUCCUCCACCAAAACUGAAAGCAGCAUUUGUUUGUGAUCGAUACGAGUUAAGAGCGAUGUGGGAUCCUCUUGGUGUUAAGAACAUCAAUGGUAAACUGUUAGGAUACAGGGUAUUGCUUUACCAUGGAAAACUGCUCUACAAGAACUUCACAACAACAACCACAAGUAACGCAAUAACACUGGACGAGUGUAAGAACUACACCGUUAAGGUUGCUGCUUACACUUCACCUGGAGAUGGACCAUUUUCUGCUGUUUACGUCACUAGCACAUGUCCCUGUGGUGCUCCUGAACCAUUCUACGAAAGUCGCUCCAUCGUUACAAAAGAAGGCAAUGCGACAAGGUUACUAUGUGAAUACCAAGGACGACCUGAGCCCACGAUAUACUGGUUGCGUCAUGGACAGCGACUCCACGAUGAAAAUAAAAGUGUAGAGAGAUUUACGACACAGUUAGCGAAUGGUACAUGGUACAUAUCCUAUACUGAAAAACAGGAUAGAGGAUUAUACACGUGUGUAUUGAACAACACUUAUGGUGUAGCAACAACUGAUGUGUCAGUUACAGUAUCUAUAGGUGAGUACUGAAAUAUUGAA